GGAUGAGAAUGAGAGGCAGGGGUCCGGCCGCUAGGGUUCAAACAGCGUCUCGUCCGCCCGAGAAGUUUUACACUUUUGUGAGGAAAAUGUCGAGCGAUGAAGAUUCAUGUAACAGUGACGGUGAAUGUGAAGUCUUCUUUGGACCUAUAACGGAAAAAGAGGAGCAAAUUGCAGCGAGGUAUCGAAACAGACUGACUGAAGUUUUUCAACAUGGGCCCCUGCUGCGGCGUCGCUCCUCAGUCCCAUCACUUGCAUGCCUUGAGGAGAAGGACGAACAGGGAUGUAACACUAGCUUUGAAGGUUCGCCGAGCAGAGAUGUGCAAGAUUUCAUUGGCCAGAUAUCGACAGGAUACAAACUCUCAUCUGUAGGAGUGGGCAGCCUGCACGGGACUUCACAACUGUCGCAUCCCACGUUGGAUUCUGAGCUGGAGAAUGAAGAAUUGUUUGCACUUGUCCCUCCCCACGAGGAGAUGCGGGAAAAUUCGAAAGAUGGGAUAACUGAUGACAGUCUCCAUGUGGCAGUUGGUGAAAAUGAUUCUCAGAAAUCAUGGGAGUGGAGUUUGUCAGACAAUAGUAAUUUAAUUUCCAGAUCUGACUGCUCGCAUAUCAGUUGUGAGAGUGUUCCUUGUUUGCACUCUCGCUCGGAAGGUGGUGAAGAACCAUAUACUUUCUGUAAUGAGAGUGUUGCACCGGGGGGAGCUGCCGAGUGUGUUGCACCGGGGGAAGCUGCCGAGUGUGUUGCACCGGGGGAAGCUGCCGAGUGUGUUGCACCGGGGGAAGCUGCCGAGUGUGUUGCACCGGGUGAAGCUGCCGAGUGUGUUGCACCGGGGGGAGCUGCCGAGUGUGUUGCACCGGGGGAAGCUGCCGAGAGUGUUGCACCGGGGGAAGCUGCCGAGUGUGUUGCACCGGGGGAAGCUGCCGAGAGUGUUGCACCGGGUGAAGCUGCCGAGAGUGUUGCACCGGGUAAAGCUGCCGAGUGUGUUGCACCGGGGGGAGCUGCCGAGUGUGUUGCACUGGGGGAAGCUGCCGAGAGUGUUGCACCGGGGGAAGCUGCCGAGAGUGUUGCACCGGGGGAAGCUGCCGAGAGUGUUGCACCGGGGGAAGCUGCCGAGUGUGUUGCACCGGGGGAAGCUGCCGAGAGUGUUGCACCGGGGGAAGCUGCCGAGAGUGUUGCACCGGGGGAAGCUGCCGAGAGUGUUGCACCGGGUGAAGCUGCCGAGAGUGUUGCACCGGGGGAAGCUGCCGAGAGUGUUGCACCGGGGGAAGCUGCCGAGAGUGUUGCACCGGGGGAAGCUGCCGAGUGUGUUGCACCGAGGGAAGCUGCCAAGAGUGUUGCACCGGGGGAAGCUGCCGAGAGUGUUGCACCGGGGGGAGCUGCCGAGUGCGUUGCACCGGGGGGAGCUGCCGAGUGCGUUGCACCGGGGGAAGCUGCCGAGUGCGUUGCACCGGGGGAAGCUGCUAUUUGCUUUUCAAACUCAUUAAAAUCACAGCUGUUUGACAUUGCAGACUGUAGUGCUAAAAAUGACAUUCAUGAUAAUGUUUACAGUUCUAUUGAUGACUCGGUUGAGCUUGUACAAAGACCACCAGUUGAAGGACACACAACCUCCACAAACAGAGUGACAGCUUUAGCAGCAACCUUAAGGGAGAAUGAAUAUGAUAACCUGGCAACCUCAUUCAAUUUUGGAGAUUAUACGCUAGAUGGCUCGGACAAUACCAAUGACAUUGGGAUUAAGAAAUGGUUAGAGGAAGGUAAUACACACUCAGAAGUGUCCGAUGAGACCAAGGAUUUCACUGGUGAGUGCGUUGUAUUAAGAGAGUCUGUCGGCUUCCUUUUAAAUUCACUAGAGAAAGAUUUGCGUGGCCUUGUAGAGAGCAGUGAUGAGACCCAUUCAAGAAUUCCUGGGGAGUACAAGUCAACACAAGCAAGUGAAGAAAAAGCUUUAAUAUCCACUGUACCGGCGGAGGAGGAAAACAAAAGGCCAAAGGUCACAGUCGAGGUCAUGUCGAGUUUACCCGAGGCUGUAGUCGGCACCAGUGUACCAGAGUCUGCAGUCAGCACCAGUGUACCAGAAUCUGCAGUCAGCACCAGUGUACCAGAAUCUGCAGCCAGCACCAGUGUACCAGAAUCUGCAGCCAGUACCAGUUUACCAGAAUCUGCAGCCAGUACCAGUUUACCAGAAUCUGCAGCCAGUACCAGUUUACCAGAAUCUGCAGCCAGUACCAGUUUACCAGAAUCUGCAGCCAGCACCAGUUUACCUGAAUCUGCAGUCAACACCAGUUUACCAGAAUCUGCAGUCAGCACCAGUUUACCAGAAUCUGCAGUCAGUACCAGUUUACCAGAAUCUGCAGCCAGUACCAGUUUACCAGAAUCUGCAGCCAGUAAUAUUUUACCAGAAUCUGCAGUCAACUUGAAUGAUAAGAUGAUAGAUCAGUUGAGUAAUUUAAAAGCGUUCCAUGAAUUGGAUAUCAGAGAAGGAAAUGCAUGCAUGACGUCAGAUUGUAAUGAAAACAUCAUGGCGCAGUCUCUCUCAGAUGAAGUGAUGACAGAGCAAAUGGAUCCUUUUGAUGUGGAUCCAGGUAUUGAUUUUCUAAUGGAAAUUGAGGCGCCUAUGGAUGAAAAGUCUUGUUUUGAAGUAGAAAAAUCACGGAAGGUACGACAGAGUUAUUACAGUGCUCUUGAGGUCAUUAAUGUUGACAGUAGUGAAGUAUAUGGGGAUUUUCUAACCAGUGAGAGGUUGCAUGAUACCAUUGGCCAUGAACAAUGCCAUUCUUAUGAGAAAAGUCGAAGCUCCGAUGAUCUUGACGUUGACAGCUACGGGUCGGCAAACAAGGCUAUGGUUAUUUCACAUUCGGAUAACACCCCAGAUUCCGAGUUAUCUAAUGUGCCUCACUCUUUAAGUGAUACUGUGUCAGAAGGUUACAAUGUUUGUGUUAGUAGUGAGGAGAGUCGGGAGUACAGAAGCCCACCAAUUGAGAAUUAUUCCUUACACACUCCCAAUAUGCCACAGAAAUCCUGUAACACUUACACAGAUAGUACAAAAGGAGUACAGUCUGACUCUCUCAAAUUCAGUAUUACUAGCAGCGAGGAGGUGUGGGAGUAUGGAAGCCCAGUACAAGAGAAAUGCUCCUUGCAGACUCAGAAUACACCUGUGAAGUCCUGUGACACUUCAGAUCUGAAAGGAAUGCAGCUUGAUUCUCCUAAAUUUAAUGAUACAAUUGAAGAGAUGGAAAUGAUGCUGAAAUAUGGAGUAAACUAUGGAGAAGCAAUUAAGAAUGAUGUGAUUCCUUUAGACAACAGUACAAGAAAAAGCUCAAUUGAUAAUGAUAACAAUAUGCAACACAUGGUAGAUGACUCCAUUAUUGACAUUCCCAGAAAAUCUAGCAUUGCCAGUUCCGUUUCAAAUUUCCAACCUGUACUGGAAUCGACAAGGGAAUCUCUGUAUCAGGAGACGAAAAAGGUAAAUAUUUUACAGUCCCCCUCCAAACAACACAGCAUGCUAAAAAGGGAGCCGCCUCCAAAGCCACCUCGCAACAUUUUCUCUCCUAGUGUGACCCCUAAGAAAACUAUCUAUAUCAAAGCGUCCACUCCAAACACCCCCAAACAUACUACUCCAAGGUCCAUGGAAGUAAAAGGAAAAUGUACUUACAACAGGGUGACUCCCACCAAGAAAAUGGCUCGUGUUUUAAAUGAAACUCCUCAAAAACUAGGUUUUGAAAAAAAUAAGUCAUUUACCCCAAUAAAAACUACUGCAUCAAAACUCAAAUCUCCAUCAACAGUGCCACGAAACCCCAUUCAUUGUUCAGGCCUGACGCGUUCGGGAUCAUUAACAAACAUUAGGAAAGGUUUAGAACUUGGCCAGUCACCAGUCAGAACACCAACAUCACAGCCUCGCAUAGUAAGCAGACUUCACCCUCAGACUUCACUAUCAACACACAACACUCCAGUAGUGCAGAAAUUUUCCUAUGGUAUGCUUGGCAAACAACCUGCAACUUGUUCCCGCCUUCCUCCUCGUCCAACCCCCAAGAGAGCUUUAAAAUCUAUACUGAAACAAACCCCCACCGAAGGACGUAAUCUUCAAGCACAGUCAAGGGUCAACUUCCCAAGUAAAGCUCCAUCUCCUGCAAUACCCAGGUACUUGAAGCCAAAACGAAAUAUAGAAAGUCCUGUUGCAAAGUACCUGAAGGAAAAUCCACCGCCCAGUUUAAUGUUAAACAUUAAACCCCGCCACAAAAUCAGCCCCCAGAAAAUGCAGAGUGAGUUAGCAUCCAUGAAAAAUCCUGAACAGAUACUUGAUGCUCACCAGGGGAGAUGUGGAGCACACAGUGUACAGCAGCAGCAGUCUCCUAAACUUUGUGAAGACAUGGAAAGCAGCUUUGUCAAACAAGGGACAGUGCUUUCAAAUAUCCAGGAUAAUCUCAACAUAUUACAGUCAAAAAUGGAGAGUAACCAGGCUUGUGCAGAGAGAGAGUGUAUACUAAAGCAGCCAACACCUGCUGACAUGGAGGAGCCGUGUCUGCCGUCUGUUGUGUAUUCUUCAGCUGUUCCUGUUGUAUUGGAUGAGGAGAAGAACAAGGAAAAUGAUAGAAUGCGUCGCUUCAUGGAAGUAUUAACAGACAAGCAACCUGCAUCUGUAUUAAAGCAUAAAGGUCGUGUGAAGGUGCCUAAAGUGACAUUCCAGACGCCGCCGUCUUUUCCUUCUGCUAGGGGCUCACUAAUGGAAGUCUCUCUCCAUGAAUCACAUGAAGCUCACUAUACUAACACACUUAGGUGAAUGUCAAGUUCCUAAAUAAAGUGCUCAAAUUAGCAUGUACAGUAUCUGGUUUGGAAUUCGUGUGUGAUGUUUAAAUAAUUAUAUUUUGAAGAAACCUUUGCAUGCAUUGCAUUCAUUUAUAAACUAUAAAUUGUUGAUCAACUGUAUGUAUAGCAUAAAUUCCAAAAUACUUCAUAUUUUAUACACCGCACAUUUAAAUAUAGAGAAGAAAUUAUAUCAUCGCUACCGUAUUUGCAGUAUUCAGGUGGUGAAAGUGGGAAAUAGCUCAAGUAUGGUUCAAUUUUCUAAUAUAUUUUUAAAGACUGACCUGCCAAGGUUACAUCCCAGAAUGGCAGAUGUUUCUACCACUCAAAUAUCCUCCCAUGUUAUACAUACAUAAUUUGACACUGAAGAACCUAAGGAAGGUUGCUUCAGAAAUGGGCUAAAUAUUUUGGACAUAAAUUUGUGUUUUCCUGCUUUAUAUUUACAACGUAAGUUUUCUUUAUAUAUGUCUGCAAUAUAAUAACGGCAUCAACCUCUUUCAGGCUGAUAUUUUUGCCAGCAAAUAUACUGUACAUGCAAGUAUUUAUUGUGUUUUGGUAGAUAAAUAACUGUCAAGUAAGGAGAAUUUAUUUUACUGCUUUUGCAGUGGUGUAAUCUCCCAUUGCCAUUUCUUUUUCUUUUUGUGCUGGUAUGGCAUUCUCAUAGUAUGAGAAUAUUACACAUUGACAACUACACAAUGAGAAUUAAAUGUCCCACAAAAAUUCAUAACCAAAUAUGUACUUAACUUCAAAGAAUUUAAAUAAGGAAAGUAAUGUUUAAAAGAGAUGAUAGUCACAAGCAACCCCAACGUUAGUGGAGCUGCAACUAUAAUGGAUUGAUGUUAUUUGCAAUUUAGCUUUGAAUGGAAUGGCAACUUAAUGCUAUUGAAAGAGCUGCAAAUAGGAUGAGAGUAAUUCUGUUUUCUAGUUUAUUACUAGUUAAUAUUUUUUAUACCACUAAACAUGUGCAUUAAUUUUUCAACUCUCCUAGCAUUUAGUGGAGUUUCUCUCUGCCUUUAAACAACCUUUCUUCCUGUUCUCAAUAUCCAUAUUGCUGCAGGAAGAGAAUUUGUUUUACUGGGUGCAGUAUCUUUAUUACAUUCCAUAAUUAUGUCUAACCUCUUUGAGCAAUGCUUUGUUUUGUAAAAAAAAAAUCUCUUUGGCAGCUAGUUGCCUUGAGAAUGGCAUGGUUUUAAUUAUUUAUAGAUAUUCUGUAGGGCUAGUCACAUUUAGAAACUAAAUAUUCUCAUUAUCAUCAUCAUCACUAAGUGACAUGUCUCUUGUCACUGCUGCAGUUGGGCUAAUCAAAUGUUCAACAGAUAAAUAUACAUUUUCUUAACA